AAAAAAAAAAAACAACCAGGAGUGGGAGACCCUUAGGUCACUGGGGAGCUCUCCUUGCAAUGCUGUUCUUAUGAGCGUGUUGGUUCUGGAGGUCUGAGUGGGGCCCAGCAGCUGUCCCUGCUUCCUGGUUGAACGCGGGCCCCUCUCUUUGCCCAUGCCUCAUCCAUCCUGUCCUCUGGCCUCAGCUUACAGCUUAAUUGAUGGAACUCAUCGUAUAUGAAUGGGGAACAUCCCAAGCCAUGCACCCAAGCAAGCGUCCUUCUGUCCCGAGUGGCUAUGGCGGGUUCAGUUGCUAGUGCCAGGCUGAUUCACAGGGAAGGUAAAAGGCGGCACCCUAGGGGGUGCCCCACCCAGACUAUUUCUAGGCUGGCAGGGAUAGUUCCUUAGAUCCGGUCAACCGCAAAUCUCUCUCUCUCUUUAAAAAAAGAUUUGUCUUUAAUUGAGAGGAUGAAUUACAGAGAGGCAGAGGCAGAAAGAGAGAGAGAGAGAGACACUUCCACCCACUAAGCAAUCUGGGAUUUGGUUUUCUUAGUACAAAGAUGAGGCUCUGGCUGCCCUGGUGGGAGCUGAGGCUCUGCGAGGGAACUUUGUUUCCCCAGCGGGCGGAACCGCUCCUCAUCAAGCCCAGCUCGGUCCCUCCAGGGUCUCCCCUAAAUAGGACACCCUGGAAUUCCCCCCGCGCACCCUCCAUCCUCUAGGAAAAUCCAGAAGCUGCAGGAAAAGCUGAGGCCCCUACCCUCAGGGGGCAGAGUCAUUCCCGUGCCCCACGGAAUGGCGAGCGGCUAAGGGCGCCCCUGGGCCGUCCAGCGCCCCGAAGGCAGCACCUGUCCCCUCUUGGCUGGGUUCAGGGACCACGAGGACUCAGCGCCAGCCUCAGUCCUGGGCGGCACCAGAGCGAGUUGGCCCCGCCCCUUUGGCGCCGAUUGGCCGGGUCGCGUUCUGGGGGCGGAGACUUCGCCCCGCCGCCGCCUGACCCGGGAACCCUCCUGAGGCAGCGCCGGCGGCUGAGGUGGUGGCGGCGGUGACAGCGGAGCCAUGACCGCCCUUGGUCGUGCUUCGGGGGUCCGUGUCGGCGGCUGGGGGGACGCGGGGCGCGCCAUGCGGGGACCGCCCCCGCCUCUGCCCGUCCUCUUUGUGGUGUUGGUGGCGGCGCCCGGCACUCGCGCCGCGGGAUACGAGACAUGCCCCACGGUGCAGCCAGACAUGCUGAACGUUCACCUGCUGCCCCACACACAUGAUGACGUGGGCUGGGUCAAGACAGUGGACCAGUACUACUAUGGGGUUCAGAAUGAGCUCCACCACGGGGCCGUGAAGAACAUCCUGGACUCGGUCAUUUCUGCCCUGCGGGCAGAGCCCAGCCGCAGGUUCGUCUACGUGGAGAUGGCCUUCUUCUCCCGUUGGUGGCACCAGCAGACAUUCACAACCCGGCAAGCCGUGCGGGAGCUGGUGCACCAGGGGCGCCUGGAGUUUGCCAACGGUGGCUGGGUGAUGAACGACGAGGCGGCCACCCACUAUGGCGCCAUCGUGGACCAGAUGACGCUGGGGCUGCGCUUCCUGCAGGACACGUUCGGCGACGACGGGCGCCCCCGUGUGGCCUGGCACAUCGACCCCUUUGGGCACUCUCGGGAACAGGCUUCGCUCUUUGCGCAGAUGGGCUUCGAUGGCAUCUUCUUGGGGCGCAUGGAUUACCAAGACAGAGAGCUGCGGAAGAAGAAGCGGGAGAUGGAGCUGGUGUGGCGGGCCAGUGCUAGCCUGCAGCCCCCGACCGCCGACCUCUUUACUGGUUUGCUCUCCAAUGCUUAUGACCCACCAAAGCACCUGUGCUGGGACCUGGUGUGUGAUCAUGACAGCUCCAUGGUGGGUGACCCUUUCAGCCCUGAGGACAAUGCUGAUGUGUUGGUUGAUCACUUCCUGGAUGUGGCCACCAAGCAGUGGCAGUCCUACCGCACCAACCACAUCGUGAUGACCAUGGGCGGUGACUUCCAUUAUGAGAACGCCCACAUGUGGUUCAGUAACCUUGACAAGCUCAUCCAGCUGGUCAACGCAGAGCAGCAGGCAUCCGGGAGCCCCGUCCACGUGCUCUACUCCACCCCCGCCUGUUACCUCUGGGAGCUGAACAAGGCCAACCUCACCUGGUCGCUGAAGGAGGACGACUUCUUCCCGUACGCCGAUGGCCCCCACCAGUUCUGGACCGGCUACUUCUCCAGCCGGCCGGCCCUCAAGCGCUAUGAGCGCGUCAGCUACAACUUCCUGCAGGUGUGCAAGCAGCUGGAGGCGCUGGCGGGCCCGGCGGCCAACGUGGGGCCCUAUGGGUCGGGAGACAGCGCUCCCCUAGAGGAGGCCAUGGCGGUGCUGCAGCACCACGACGCCAUCACGGGCACCUCCCGCCAGCUCGUGGCAGAGGACUACGCGCGCCGGCUGGCUGCCGGAUGGGGGCGCUGCAAGGUUCUCCUGAGCAACGCCCUGGCGCGGCUCAGCGGCUCCCAGGAGGCUUUCUCCAUCUGCCCGGAGCUCAACAUCAGCGUCUGCCCGCUCAGCCAGACGUCGGCGCGCUUCCAGGUCGCCAUUUACAACCCCCUGGCCCGGAAGGUGGACCGCAUGGUGCGGCUGCCAGUCAGUGCGGGCGCUUUCCUCGUGAAGGACCCCAGUGGCCACGCGGUGCCCAGCGAUGUGCUGCUGCUUCCCCAACCAGAGGGACAGAAGCCCAGCCCAGAGCUGCUGUUUUCCGCCUCGGUGCCUGCCUUGGGCUUCAGCAUCUACUCAGUAUCCCGAGUCUCUCUCCGGAGAUCCAAAACCCACAUCCCCCAACCCAUUUCUCAGAAGCCUGGGUCAGCUGUCUUAAAUAUCAAAAAUGAGCACAUCCGGGCUACAUUCAACCUCGAGACGGGUUUCUUGAUGCAGAUUGAGGACCUGGAGCAGAAACUCGUGCUGCCCAUGAACCAGUCUUUUUUCUGGUAUAAAGCUGGUACGGUUGGCCAGAAAAUCAGCCAGUCCUCUGGUGCCUACAUCUUUAAACCACAGCAACAAAAACCACUGCCCGUGAGCGACUCAGCUCAGAUCCACUUGCUGAAGACGCCCUUGGUGCAGGAGGUGCACCAGAACUUCUCAGCCUGGUGUGCCCAGGUGGUUCGCCUGUACCGCGGACAGCGCCACCUGGAGCUGGAGUGGACGGUGGGGCCCAUCCCUGUGGGUGACAAGUGGGGGAAGGAAGUGAUCAGUCGCUUCGACAUGCCGCUGGACACCAAGGGCUACUUCUACACGGACAGCAAUGGCCGGGAGAUCCUGAAGAGGAGGAGGAAUUACCGGCCCACCUGGAACUUGAACCAGACAGAGCCAGUGGCGGGGAACUACUAUCCAGUCAACACUCGAAUUUACAUCACGGAUGGGAAGAAGCAGCUGACGGUGCUGACGGAUCGCUCACAGGGGGGCAGCAGCCUGCAGGACGGCUCCCUGGAGCUCAUGGUGCACCGCAGGCUGCUGCUGGAUGAUAACCGUGGAGUGGGGGAGCCUCUGCUGGAGGAGGGCUCAGGGUCGUGGGUGCGAGGGCGCCACCUCGUGCUGCUGGACGCGGUGGGCACAGCAGCUGCGGGGCACCGGCUGCUGGCAGAGAAGGAGGUCCUGGCCCCGCAGGUGGUUCUGGCCCCAAGUGGCAGCGCCCUCUACCACCCCGGGGCCACCCGGCAAUUGCAGUUCUCAGGGCUGCGCCGGGAGCUCCCGCCCUCCGUGCACCUGCUCACCCUGGCCCGCUGGGGCCCACAGACACUGCUGCUGCGCUUGGAGCACCAGUUCGCCAGGGGGGAGGACUCGGGCCGCAACUUGAGCUCCCCCGUGACCUUGAAUUUACAGAACCUGUUCUCCACCUUCACCAUCACCCGCCUGCAGGAGACCACGCUGGCAGCCAACCAGCCCCGGGCCAGCGCCUCCAGGCUCCAGUGGAACCCAGACACUGGAACCACCCCCACUCCCACGGUGCCCCCUCUGGACCCAGCCUCCAUCACACUGCAGCCCAUGGAGAUCCGCACGUUUGUGGCCUCGGUCCAGUGGGAAGAGUUCGCCUGGAGCCAUGGGGGUGACCCAGUGCAAGCCUGAGCUCUCUGCUCCAGGGCAAUGCAGAGCCUCCCCCCACCCCCACCCCUCUCUCUGCUUGUUGCUGCUGCCCCCUCCCUGAACGCCAUUAAAGCAGCACCACUGAGCCUCA